AUGCCCUCGCUCAAGGACCUCCACUGCUUCAUUGAGCUUUCGGGUUCUCAGAAGAGAUUGCAAGAGUUUGGAACGCACUACGGGGAUGGGUUAGUGGAGACCUUCGUCGCCGUACCCAGCGACCCGCAGCCGUUCGCCGUGCGGCUGUCUUCGAGCAGUUUCAUCGCCCCCGGCUUGGCUAUGUACGUCUUCAUCGAUGGUGUCUACCAAUGCAACCGCAACCGCCAGGACCUGAAGUUGAAAAAGCCUCCAGACCGCCGAUCAUUGGUGGACUUUUGUGUCCGCCAGAAGGAAGAGAAGCAGAAGGAUGGGUCUAUGAUUGCCCGCGACUGGAGGUUUGAGAAGCUCAAUAUCGCCUCCGCCAACGACGCACCGGACAAUUGUUCCCAAAACAUACUCGAAAAUAUUGGCUGCAUUGAAGUCAUUGUCCUACGAUGCGCUGGGCUACGAAAUGCGAAAUCCGCUUCCGCCGAAGCCAAGCCGCAAGCCAUGAAUCUGGAUGGAGCGAAUGACAUUCCUGACCACCUCUUCGGCCUGGAUGGGCAGCCCCGAGAACGCAGCGGAUACUUCGGAGGACCUGUCUACGAUGACCGGGAGUGGCGGGAAAUACGAGGGCGCGGAUAUCCGUCGGCGGGUUACGGCACUCCCAUCACUGUGGUGGGCACCCGAGGCCCCGCUCCUUCCGUACAGCAACAGUCGGCGGCAGGGUCGGCAGGAAACUAUUCGCAGACACAAUGGAGAGGAACUGGAGGAGUGAGCCCGGCCUUAGCAAGCCAUCUUGGCAUACCUUCUCCGGGUUAUCAGUAUGGCACUGGGCCGAUCCCUCGGCAGAGUGUUGAGUCGGUCAAAGGAUCGGAAGGCCCUCCUCGCAAAACCACCGCGCCGAAUGUGCCCCUCGAUGCGCAGAUGCUCGAUGAGAUGCUGACGAAAGCGGUUAAACGCGGAGUCGAAGAGUCACGACGCAAAGGAGCACCUUCGCAGAUACUCAGCGAACGGAACAUAGCCACCUCCGUAGCGUCCAAUCAUCCCCCUGGAGCGUGGCCUCUCUCCCCUUUCGGACCCUUGUCGCCACCAUCUCUGAAGCAAGAAACUGUCGUCAAGAGCCCACCGACCGACACCGCUCACCACAGCCAUGUAUCGGCUCCCCAGGGGACGACUUGGGGAGGUUAUGCUGCCCCGACUGCAGUUGGCUCACACAUCAGCUGGGCUCAGCCCGCACGAACCACAGCGCUGACUGAAAUAUCCGGUUCGAACGCCUGGAGCUCCCCGCAGGCGAGUGCAUGGGAUUCCUGGGAUACCACUGCCGAGACUUGGGAAACAAAAGACAAUGGCUGGGAUCAACCAAAUCGUAGACGAGGACGAACCGAAGUCUCCAGCGCCUGGGAUGCUCCUGAAGUUAGAUCUACCCUGGACAACGAGGGCUGGGCCUUCCUUAGCGCCCCGUCAGAUACGGAUAGCUCGUGGAGCGAAGGCCAAUCUACCGUACGCCCUCAAUCUAGCAUCACAGCAAUCAUCUCAACAGCGCCGGCUCCCGCUCCGACGAUCAAGUCUCACCAAACGCGCUCACAGAAGGAGAGCACGAGGGUCUCGCGGUCGAGAAGCACCGCUCCACCGCCGACGUGGGGAUGCGCAGUCCCGCCUGAAGCGCGGGGCCACGGUAGUAGUACGUCAGUCAUCGCCAUGCCUCCAGCAUUCAGCGUCGCCCCGCAAGAGUUUCAGAGGGUAACAGGAAAGGGAGAAGGUAAUAACCGUGCGUGGUCUCCGCCUAGCUCAUGGGGUACAGCUAAGGACGAUGAAGCCGUCGUAGGUUGGGGAAACGAUGACGCAACGUACCAGACGGACUUUUGGAACAAUGACCCGAGUGCAUGGCGCGACAUCGGUAUCGGCGAGAAAACCAAGCAGAGCCAAUCCAGUCGGGGUGAGAGCGGAGACUGGGGAGGCGCAGAUCACGCUCAAGACACCGCCUGGGGACCCAAGGAGGAUGGUACGAGCGAGAAUCGCCGUCGGGGCACGAACAACGAGACGAAAGAAGUAGAAGAUUCAGGUAAUAGCUGGGGUACCACAGAAGACUCUUGGGGUAAGAAAGACGGCCGUGCUGAUGGCAACGGUUGGGGAUCCGCCAACAACGGCUGGCAUAACUCAAACGACAAGAAAGAUGAUAAGAAUGCAUGGGCCAACGACAAUGGCUGGGCCAACCUCAACCCAACCACCAAAUCCGAGUCCAAUCCCUGGGACGCCCCAGCCAAAUCCACCAAGCCCUCCAAAUCCCGCCUCUCCAAAUAUCGCCAGCUCCGCUCCGCCCUCCCCUCCAACGCUCCAAAGCCACACUGGAAAUUCCCCCCGCCGCCCUCAGAAAAGAAACUCUACCCCAUCCCCGAACACCUCGACGCCGUGCCCGCAGAACCGCUGUACAAGAUCAGCAAAGAAGAAGCGCAGAAGAAAGGCGUGCAGCACCAGGUACGCGCUGGCAAGGGGAUGCGGUACGGGCAUACCGUAGGCCGGCCGGAGUACGUAGAUAGUCUGGACAAGCCCUACGCGGUAUUCCGCUUCAAAUACCGCUCCCGCCCCGUGCUGAAGCGCAUGUUCGGCGCCGACGUCGUUGCGGACGCUGAACCCUCUCCCUCUCCCUCCGCGGACGAUAAAGAAAAGCUCAAGCAGCUCCCGCAGGACCAGCUCAUCGACAGCUUGCUGAAGCUCCAGACGAAACUGGCACAGAAGGAGAAAAAGAGCGUGAGGAGUCCUGGCACUGAGAUCGUGGGCAGGUUUCGCACGGAGGACUGGGUGAAACAGCAUUCGAGGGAGGCGAGUGAGAAGGGGAAGAGUGAGAAGACGGGGAAGCCGGAGGGGGAGAAGGAUGAUGAUGGGUGGGGGAAGAAGGGGGAUGAUAACGGUUGGGGGAAGAAGGAUGAUGGCGGCUGGGGUGGAAACUGGUAA